CUGACGAUGAGCUCAUCGUCAGCUCUGCUGCAGAGGUGGAGGCAAACAACGUGGAAGCCAAGCAUAACUUGGCCCUCGUCGGCGAUGAACUCCAUGACCUCGAGACCCGACUGGACACACUGUCGCUCGAACGCGCUGUGCGCAUCGUUCGUCAGCUGUUUGUGAUGCACGAGAACGACCCCAACUUUCCCGGUCCUGUGCUCGACCGCAUGGCUACGUUUUUGACCGAGCCUGAUGUCUUGGACAGGCCUGAGAAGCAUUCGGAGCUUGUGCGAGAGAUGAAGCUCGAAGCAUUGUUGGCCACUGAGGACUCGCCUUACGUUGAGGUCCGAGCGAACGUUGACCCUACCGACGACCCCAGCAUGCCAUCCUUCACCUUCCGAGUAUGGGUCAUCGGGUGUGUCGCCGCCUGUUGCGGUUCUUUCAUUGAUACCCUUUUCGGUUACCGAAAUCCUCCCAUCAGUGUUGGUGCCAACGUGGCUCAGUUGAUCGCAUAUCCGGUAGGCAAGUUCCUCGCCAGGGUCCUCCCCCGAGGUAAGAUCACUAUCUUCGGCAGAGAGUUCACCAUGAACAAUGGUCCUUUCAACAAGAAGGAACACAUGCUCAUCACCAUCAUGGCUAGUGUCUCUUUUGGCGCCCCAUACACCAACUACAUCGUUCCCGCGCAAGCCAUGCCCAUGUUCUUCAACGAGAGCUGGGCUUUCUCACAUGGAUACCAAGUUUUGAACACCAUCGGCACCAACUUUGUUGGUUACGGUCUUGCUGGUCUGGCCAGACGAUUCCUUGUGUACCCCAGUGUUGCUAUCUGGCCUUCUACCCUGAACACCGUCAGUCUGAUCAAGGCUUUCCACACCGAUACCAAUGAGCCUGUCAAGGGGCCCUUCGGCUGGACUUUCAGAGCAUCUCGGGAAAAAUGCUUUUUGCUCAUGUUUGCCGCCAUGUUCUUCUACUAUUUCUUCCCUGGUUUCAUCUUUGGCGCCAUGUCCAUCUUCAGUUGGAUGACCUGGAUCGCUCCCAACAAUGCCAAACUCGCCGCUGUCACCGGAUUCCAGUCUGGCAUGGGACUCAAUCCUUGGCCAACAUUUGAUUUUAACAACUUGACGAUCUGGAUUUCCCCCUUGACGAUCCCAACGUUCUCCAUCAUUAACAUGUUUUUCGGUAUCCUCAUCGGGGCGAUUAUGGUUCUCGCUUGUUAUUACAGCAAUGCCUGGAACACUGGCUACAUUCCUAUCAACUCUAAUGCCGCUUGGUCCAACACUGCUGAACGAUACAACGUUUCCAAGAUCUUGGACUCAAAGCACCAGUUUCAGGACGAACUCUUCCAGGAUUACUCCCAACCAUGGAUGUCGGCAGGGUUCGUCAUCAGUUAUCUAUGGUACUUCGCUCUUUAUUCCGCGACGAUAACUUGGGUUUUGCUCUACCACCGACACGACAUUGUCGCUGCUUUCCGCAGCUUCAAGAACAGUGUCAGAAAGCUCAUGAAGAAACCGCUGGAAGACAACGAGGACGACCUGUCCGAGGACAUUCACUACAGGUUGAUGCAGGUAUAUCCCGAGGUCCACGAAUGGGAAUACGCCAUUGUCUUGGUCAUCUCUCUCGUCCUUGGAAUGGUUGGAUUGGCGAUCUACCCGACCAAUACCUCACCCGUCGUUGUUAUCUUCGGUAUCAUCUUCACUCUCAUAGUCUUGAUCCCUAGUGGAAUGAUCCAGGCAAGUCAACAGUUCUCCUAUCGUGCCGUUACUGGUAUCCCUGUGCCCUUGAACGUCAUCGCCGAGUUCAUCGGCGGAUCAAUGGUUGCCGGAAACGCAAACGCAUUGAUGUACUUCAAGACCUAUGGCUAUAUCACAGCCAGUCAAGCCUUGAGUUUCAGUGGCGAUCUCAAAUUGGCUCACUACCUCAAAAUUCCUCCUCGCCACACCUUUUACGCCCAAUUGAUUGCCACUUUUAUCUACUGUAUCGUCAGCUCCAGUAUCUUCAACUUCGCCAUGGGUUUCAAGGGAGCCUGUACACCGGAGGCUGAUUUCCGAUUCACCUGCCCCAAUCAACGUACAUUCUUCACUGCAGCGGUCUUCUGGGGAACGAUCAGCCCCAAGCGUCUCUUUGGUCCCGGUCGCAGAUACAAUCUAAUGUUGCUCGGAUUCCCUCUCGGAGUCGUACUGGUACUGGUCCACUGGGCUCUGCGAAAAAAGUGGCCCAGAUCCGAGCUCCUGAGGCAGAUUCACCCCGUCAUGAUCACCGCUGGACCUUCCACCUGGGGUUCGCCUUACAACAUGAGCUACUAUAUCGGAAAUGUUUACCUCGUCUUGAUUUCGUUCCAGUGGCUUCGUAAGCGAUAUCUAUCCUUCUGGGUCAAGUACAACUACGUUGUUGCCGCCGCCUGGCCAUGUGGUAUCGCCAUCUCGGCUAUCGUCAUUUUCUUCGCCCUCGAGAUUCCCGACAAUGGUACUCUCGGCGUGAAUUGGUGGGGCAACAAUGUUGUUGGGGAGGGUUGCGAUGGUCUCGGGCCCAAUGGCGUUGAAUGUGUGAGGCUACAAACACUACCAGAUGUCGGGUACUUUGGUCCUCCUAAGGGAACAUUCACUUAAGGUGACAUCCUGCAUUUAUUGUAGCCAAAUGAUGGUGCAGGCAGAUUGAAUGCAGAGAAUAUGUGCCUUGCGCUCGGAUCGUUUCGGCUGUGGUGCCACGGUGUCACAAUCGCAUGGACCCGGCUGAUACCUCAGCGAUCACAGCUGAGGGCCUCGAU